AUGUUGUUCCAUACCACUACAAGGAUCAAAAAGGUGCAUAUUGAUUGGGAUACCAUUGACGCAGCUACUAGCGGUUGGGCAGUGCGGCAAAUGAUUGAUCAAGCCAAGUCAAAGCUAGAAGACAUUGAAGGAGGGCCUCCAAUCACACUUUUCUCCAUUGGACACCUCGACUCGGAGCCUCAACCUGAAGCUAUCCGCAGCUUACUGCUGCCAAUGAAAAAUCUAAUUCGGCUCGACCUUUUCUUUGGUGAACCACAGACAGUGAGUCAUGAGCUGUGCAAAGCUCUCUGUGAUUUGAUAAAGCAGGGUAAACUUCAGGAAGUUGCUCUAAUGGGGCCGACAGCGGCAGCAGGCACACUCUUACCCCUGCUCGAUGCAGCGGACAAGAGCAAUACUAUGACCCGCUUGAGACUUGAGGAUCUUGGGAAUGAAGCAGAAGUUGAAAUCUACCAGGAUGAAAUGCUCAGGAUCCUUGAUCACAAUACGCAAUUAGAGGCGGCUUUGAUCUGUGAUGAGAUUGUGAAUGCUUCAGCAUUCACAGACAGCGUCAAAGCGGCAACUGCGCGUAUCAACAAUGAAUGGUGCUGGCGUCAAUUUGAAGGCAGCCGCAAACAGAGGCUCAUCGACUGCAAAGCGCUCUUGAAUAUGUGCGGCCGUGGUAAAGCCAAAGCAGAAGGCACGCAACUUGAGGACAUCGUUUGCAUGAUAUCUCCUGAUACUCUUGUGGACAAGAUACAGUUCCUGAAUUUUGAAGGUGAGGCCAAGCAGGAGCUUAUCACAAUUUUACAACACGGGCUGCUGCGCCAACAACCUGCGACAUGGCUGCCACUACGAAAGGAAGCAAAGUCGGCACGUAGCAACAACGAGAGUGGGGCAAGUAGCACCGGUGAAACAAGGGGCACCCGAAAGCGCAAAGCCACAGGGCCUCCCGAUGGCCACGGAGAUCAUGGGGCAUCGUCUUCACGUUGA